AAAGUAAAUCAUAGACAAUUACUAUUUAUGUCCGCCAUUCAUUCUUUUGAGUUGCUUUUUCGUUUUACGAUUCCCGAGAGCACGAUUUGUCAUCGAGAUCUACGCAACACCAUCGCGUAAUUAAUUAACCUACGUAGAAGCAGUUGAAACAAUAAACUCCACGCGUUUAGGCAUCACAGCCACCAGUGUAGUGUAUCAGCCUUCUGACGUGAUCAAAACCGUGAGAUCGUAUCUACCAGUGAUGCUUUUGCUCGCCUUUUACGUUAUCGGUUGCGACGUGCGUUCGAGUGCCUGAUGGUGUGGAAACUAUGUGCGAUUAACUUAACAGUAACAGAGGACUCAGUAUGGGGGCGUUUUUGAAUAAGCCCGAGACUAAGAAGUACAACGAGAACGGGGAAGGCAAUGGUCUUCGCUAUGGCGUGGCGUCGAUGCAGGGUUGGCGCGUUGAGAUGGAGGAUGCGCAUCACGCGCAGCUAACUCUGAAUGGUACUCUAUCGGACUGGUCUUAUUUCGCGGUGUUUGACGGGCAUGCGGGAGCGCGGGUGUCAGCGCAUUGCGCGGAUAAUCUCCUCGAGUGUAUCCUUCAGACGGACGAGUUCCGGCGCGAGGAUAUAGCCGAGGCUAUCCGCGCUGGCUUCCUGGACCUGGACAAGAAGAUGCGGGAGUUGCCGGAGCUGUCCAACGGCGAGGAGAAGUCGGGCUCCACGGCUGUGUGCGCCUUUGUGUCUCCCAAACAGAUAUACAUAGCGAACUGCGGCGACUCGCGCGCAGUGCUCGCUCGCAAUGGGGUGCCGAUAUUCGCGACGCGAGACCACAAGCCGGAGCUGCCGUCGGAGAAGUCGCGUAUCGUGCAAGCCGGCGGUUCGGUCAUGAUUCAGCGCGUGAACGGGAGCUUAGCUGUGUCCAGGGCACUGGGUGAUUACGAGUAUAAGAAGGUGAUGAACCGUGGGCCCUGCGAGCAGCUAGUGUCCCCGGAGCCUGAGGUGUCUGUACAUGAGCGGAAUGAGGUGGAGGAUGAGUUCUUGGUGCUGGCCUGCGAUGGUGUGUGGGAUGUGAUGAGCAAUGAGGCACUGUGUGCGUACAUACACUCACUGCUCCAGCUGACGGAUGACCUUGUGGCCGUCACCAACCAGGUCAUCGACACCUGCCUGUAUAAGGGCAGCAAAGACAACAUGAGCAUCGUGCUGGUGGUGUUCCCUUCAGCGCCGAAGCCGAACCCUGAGGCUCAGCGCGCCGACCGGGAGCUCGACGAGACGCUCCGACAGAGGCUCACAGCGUUGAUCGAGCGCAGCGCCGGCAGCGAGGAGCGCGAGGACUCGUCGAGUCACUUCUCGUGGGUGCUGAAGCAGCUCGUGCAGGAGAACAUACAGGGCCUGCCGCCCGGCGGGGGUCUGGCUGCCAAGCAAUCGCUACUGGACAAAAUAUACAGGGAGUUCUAUCCUGACCACCCCGACAGUUCGGAGACGUUCGACUGUCAGACCGAGUUGGCCGACGCCUUCAGCGCGAACUAACGCAACACCCUCGAGCGGGACGCGAUCGCAUACACACACUUACCCACGGCACUCGCCACACACGGUGAGUAACUUAGGAAAACUACAUUAAACUAGUGACACUCACUACUAAAUUAAUCGUAAACCCAACAUAUCAAACCAAAGCUAACUCCUCAAAUUUAAAGUUUGACAAACUAUGGUCACCAAGUGUGCGGUUUCGUCCCAAAAUUAGCUGAAUCAAUACUAGUACAAGUCGAAUGGAAUUGCAGUUACAUUACUUUAGAAUUUUGAACGUUGGUAACAUUUCGUUUUGUACAUAACUGUCUCGAAUUGGGUAAUGUAGUUGGAAUUUUGUUUGAUGACGUAAUUUCAGAUGUGAGUGCUUCGGCUGCGUCGAUGAGUCGGUUCUAAUUACUUUUAAUUAUUACUAUGAUUGGGUAAUCUAAUGUGAAACUAUCACAUCUAAUUGUGUUAGAGAGGAAGAGCAUUUCUCUCUUUGGACUUAAGCUUAUAACAGUUGUCGAGUCUGUACCCUGUAAUACUAUAUUUGAUUAUUUGAAUAAUAAUAUCCAUGUACUGACAACUCUACCCAGCCGAAGCAUAUUUCGAAUCCAAAAAUGCAUAUAAUACUAUGUAAUACUCUAUAGGCUGUGGUAUGGCCUUCAGAAUAAAGGCUGGAACACACCGCAAACGUGUGCAAUGUGCUAAAACUACUUGUAAUGUAUGUGGGAUGUCACAGUAAAGCAGAGCAGCGAAUUUACAAGUCUCCGCACGCGACACCCGCCAGUGUGCUCCGGUUGUAAUGUUUCGCAUUAAACCUGUUUCGUGCAGCCUCACCACAGUCCCUUAAUUGUAUCACACGGCACAAAAUUUCCUUGUUUCCAACCAUGUUAUAAUGUAACCCUGCCGGAUUGAAAUACCCAUCCCUUUCGAACCUUUACUUGUAUAGCAAAACAUUAUAAUUUUGUCGCGUUACAAUUUUAUUUUUUGUAGCUUUAGGUAUUUUUGUUUCGUGUUAACAUUGGCCAUUCGUGAAUGUCAUAAUAUUAGAUGUAUAAUAUUAGAUAUUCGAUUGGAUGUUAUAGAAAGUCUAUGAUACUUGUGUGAGCGGUUAAAUUCUUUAGUUUUUGUUCCCGCGCUUAACAUUUUUGUUAAGAACAUUUUAUACUAAAGUUUGUCUAGUGUUUACGGAUAAUGUGUCAGUAGAAAUCUUCUUAAUAACAGUGUUAAGCAAAUAAUAGCUGAUUCAAAAUGGCCAGUCGGAUUUAGUGUAAUCUUAUGUUCCGUUUCACAUGAUAGCCUAAGAAAAAUUGGAAAAUUGAUUUCUCAAUACUAUAAAUAAAUAUCUAGUUUCCUUUUUGUACAUAUUUUUUUCUUUAUUACAACAUACAUAGUCAUUAUCCAAAACGUCAAAGUAACAUAUUGAUUUAAACAAAAAUAUAAACUAGCAUUAUUAAUCGGGAAUUGGAAUAUGGGGUAAUAUUAAUUGUUAGUUUUUUAUUUCUUAAAAAUUAUCGUACUUCGUUUCGUGUUACAGAGAAGAUGAAAUUAGAUUUAAUCGCUUUUUAAAAGUUACGCGUUAUCGAAAGAAGUAUUGGGUAUGCUUUUAAAAUUUUUGCUUCGUACUUAGAUGAAAAAAAAAACUAAUCUGUUGAUACGCGUAGUGUCUGUGGCCGUACAAUAUACAAAUUAGACCGAAUUCCAUUUGUCAUAUAAUGUUGUUACCAAAUUCUAUGUGUACCAUUCAUUUCUGAUUCACCUCUUGUAAAUAAAAGAGAAUAGAAAAGAUACUUUUGUACCUGUUUGUGCGGUUUAGCGUGUAACUAACUAAUUGUGAGGAGUUUAUCGUGUCGCCAAUCCUGGAAAUACACAUAACACCCUACCCUUUAAUUAACAACUCAAUUUGAAGUCGUAUUCUCAACGUUUACGACUUCAAAUAGACUUCAACUUUAUGAUUGCUUAUUGUUCUUUUUGUACGAUGUUACUAUCGUUUAAAUAAUUAUAUGUAUGUUUAUUUGUAAAACUGAACCAAAAUCCACCAGAUUUUCACGAAAUAUUUUAAAUAUGGUAUAUGUAUUUCCAGCGGGCGUCACAAAAUGUAACUAAAUAGUUUUUACUGAACAAAAAUAUUUCAAUGGUUUUCAAAUGUGACGUAGGAGGCAUUGUUUUAGUAUAUCUUACAAUUGAAGUAAUAACGACCUAUUAUAAUAUAAUAUUAUGUUUCUAUUUACAAAUGGUACUUGAACAUCUAAAACACCUGAAACUCAAGACAUUUUUGUAGUCGAAGCAGUUUAAAAGAAGUACAUUUGUAAAUUCAAACGAUUUAAUUGAAAAUUCAAACCAUAUCUAAAUUAGUUUAAUAUAUUACGAAAUAAAAAUACAAAACAUGUUUCCUAGAUAUAAUAUAAUUAUCUAUUUUAUUGGUGGUAGCAAAGCUAUUGCGAGUUUAUUAUUAUUUUUAUCUCGUGCAAGUCAGCAGAAUACGUAUUUUCCUACUAAUCAGUAGUAAAUUGUCAAGGAAUUUAUGAUUGCACUAAUAUUGAAGUUAUUCGGGUAUACGUACCGUGUUAUGCUGCCUUGCGUUAGUGAUUCGCUAUGACCCCAAAUAAGUCGGUUUGUUGCUUCCAUCAAUUAUUUUCUAUAUAUUUUUAUUGCCCAUUUCAACCCAUUGUCGAGGUUCAGUAAGUUCUUUUUUUACUUUUAUUACGUCUUAAUUUUAUAUCAGUUUUGAAUGCUGAUUUGGAAUUGUGCUUUUAAUUUCAAGUUAGUAUCACUAAUGUGAUACAACAUACCUACCCAUGAUACCUUCUUCUCCAUGUUAUAUUGUGAAUGUUAAAUUCGCAUUCUUAUCCACUAUUUUUCACAUUUAAACCAAAUAUUAAUAUUAGACAGUGGGUUCUGAAUUGGAAUUUAAAGUCCAUCCGGGACGAGUAUGUAGGUUGUCUGGUUGUUUUUUUUUAAUUAUUUUGCUUUCGGACAAAAGUCGACGUCUCACGGUGUGUCUCGUUUAUUAUCUAGUAGACGCUUGAACAAUAAAUACCUGUACCUUGACAACAUA